AUGUUUGCUAAUUUAAUCUGUGGUUUUUUAAUGAAUUUUGUUACAGGUCAAGAUACUAUUGAUACACCACCUCCUAGUUGUGGAUGCUGUCCAUCAUCUUACUGUCAAGCAAAACAAGCACCAUGUUCAACAAACUUCGAUUGCGAAUGUUUGCUGAUGACAACGACCGGAGGAGGAAUGUGUGCUGAUACAGUUAUGUCAUGUAAAGAUUUAGUUCCAUGUGAAAAUGAUAAUCAGACAUGUUCAGUACCCAAUACUGUAUGUGUCAAUAAUACACGAUGCAACAUUCCUGUUUGUUAUCCGAUAGACCGUGCUUCUUCUCAACGGUGUCCAUCUUUCACUCGGGAAACUAUAACCAAUACGACAAGAUGGUUAAAUGCCACCAGUAUGUUUUUUGCUCGGAAUUGGCACACAGCAUCGGUACUUACCAGUGGAAAAGUCUUAGUAAUUGGUGGAUAUGGUAGCAUUGGCAUUUUGAAUAGUGCAGAACUAUACGAUCCAACAACAGGAGUUUGGACAAGGGCUGGCAACUUAAGUGAAGCACGAUAUAUGCACUCAGCAUCGGUGCUUACCAAUGGAAAAGUCUUAGUAGCUGGUGGAAGUGGUAACAGUGGCAUUUUGAAUAGUGCAGAACUGUACGAUCCAACAACAGGAGUUUGGACAAAGACUGGUAACAUGAGCGAUGUUCGGAGUUUGCACACAGCAUCGGUGCUUACCAAUGGAAAAGUCUUAGUAGCUGGUGGAAGUGGUAACGGUGGCUAUUUGAGUAGUGCAGAACUGUAUGAACCAUCAACAGGAGUUUGGACAAAGACUGGCAACAUGAGUGCUGAACAUUAUGCAUCCGCAGCAUCUCGGCUUGCCGAUGGAAAAGUCUUAAUAGCUAGUGGACUGAGUAACAUUGGCUAUUCGAUUAUUACAGAAUUGUACAAUCCAACAACAGGGGUUUGGACAAAGACUGGCAAUAUGAGUGAAGCACGAUAUAUGCACACAGCAUCGGUGCUUAUCAAUGGAAAAGUCUUAGUAGCUGGUGGAGGUGGUAACAGUGGCUAUUUGAAUAGUGCAGAACUGUAUAAUCCAUCAACAGGAGUUUGGACAAAAACUGGCAACAUGAGUGAUGCACGAUAUGGACUCACAGCGUCAAUACUUACCAAUGGAAAAGUCUUAGUAAUUGGCGGAUAUGGUUAUGGUGGCUAUUUGAGAAGUGCAGAGCUGUACGAACCAUCAACAGGUAUUUGGACAAAAAUUGGCAGCAUGAGCGUUGAACGAUACGCACCCGCAGCGUCCGUACUUACUAAUGGAAAAAUCUUAAUUACUGGUGGAUAUACUUCCAGUGGCCAAACGAAUAGUGCAGAAUUAUAUGCAUGA